AUGAGACCACACGAUCCUCAGAAGAGUCUUCCUCCCCUAGCCCCAGGGCCAGGCCGUUCAAUCGCACCACAGUCACACCGGCCGAUCAGCAGGACCAAAAAAAACUCGACGGCGUGCUUAGCAUGUAAAGCAGCCAAGAGGAAGUGCUCUGGAGAACCCGGCCCAUGUAAAGCCUGUGUCGGCGCGCACACUGAAGAAUACUGCCAAUUCGAUCGGACGAAAGAUUUGCGCCGUAAAGUAGCCGUGAAGAAAACGAUACAAGACCUGACGAGCUAUAAGGACUUGCUAGACUCCUUAUUGACGACAAUACGGAGCGGCGAGACGGGUACCGUUGAUACACUUGUGGAUAUGAUAAAAAGUGGGCGGCCGUUGAAGGAAGUUGCUAGCUUCGUGGGUUGCGAUGUCACUGACUUCAGAGACCCCUCAGCACUCUCCUUCGCGAGUCAAUCAAUAUCUGAGGAUGGGGAUAACGAGCCCGACGGAGCACCUCCAAGUCCUCCAGAGUCUGGAGCCAGACAUGGAUCUGUUCAGCACAAUCUGCCUAUAUGGGGAGGGAAGGAAGUGGCAAAUCUCACCACACAAACGGCUCGUGAUCCAUAUGCACGAGUUAGCUUGGAGAGCCUCUGUGAUGUACCCCUGUUCGCGGUUUCAGCGAAGCCAUGGACAUCCGUCACGGAUGAUGAUGAUCUAGUGUCACAUCUCAUCUCGCUAUUCUUUACAUGGGAUCAUCCAUGUUCUCAGAUUCUUGACCAAGGAACGUUUCUCGGAAAUAUGCAGCGAGGGCAAUCGGAAUCUGAAUUUUGCUCCCCGCUUUUAGUUAAUAGUAUCUUGUCAGUGGCAAGUACAAAUUCCGAUCGAGUCGGAGCCUUUGCAGAUAAUGAAGACCGGUUCUCACGAGGCCAACACUUCUUCUCGGCAGCAGAGGAACUUUGGCGGGCAGAGGAAGGAAACCCAUCACUGACUAGUGUCCAAGGCCUUCUUCUUAUGUGUUGCGUGUAA